AUGUCAAAUUUGACCAUCAACGUUGAAUUCAGUGGAGGCAUGGAGCUUUUGUUCCAAAAUGUUAGCAAGCACAGCAUCCAAUUUCCUGCUACCAACGAAAAAGGCAAGCCCUCCAAUCUUCAAGAUUUAAUCCUUUAUAUCCGCGAUACCAUGAUGACUGAAAAGAAGGAUCUAUUUGUUGAAAAGGACACUGUUCGUCCUGGUAUUUUGGUCUUGAUCAAUAAUGUGGAUUGGGAAUUGUGCGAUGAAUUAGAGUACGAGCUAGAAGACAAGGAUGAAAUUGUAUUUAUCUCAACUUUGCAUGGUGGAUAA